AGUCAUUUGUUCAAUAAUUUUUUUUAUACACAUUGAAGAAGAAAACCCCAAUAUUUCGCAGUUUUAUUAAAAAAUUAAUUCAAAGUGUUCUUUUUUUUUAUUGAACAAUAAUAAUAAAGUGGUGUUCCGUUGACAACUGGAAACGUUAUGAGCGCCAACAGCAUAAACUUGCACGACAUCCGACUCAAACUGUUCGGCCCAACGUUGGACGAUUCCGUACUGUAUGGGAUUGAUCGCGUAAUUAGCUACUUAGUACGGAGUGGAAAAGGCAACAAAGGACCACGGAAAACGGAAAGCUUCUAUCGGUCCUGUGAAGCUUUGCCCGUGCACGAAGGCACAACCCGAUUUCCUCAGCUCCUAGCACCGAAGCUUUCCACCGAAGAAAUGGAUAUGAUCAUUGACGCAAUUGCCCAGUCUCGCCGCAACAGUCUGAAACUCAGAAGAAAAGUGACAACUACCAGCAAGGAGAAUUCGGAACCCAAGUUACGUCGUACCCGGUGGGCCAUCGCAAGAAUCAACGAGUUUGACGAUGGUGGGAAAACGUACGAAAUUAUGAAGCCACUAGAUGGGACACCGCUACCGGCGAUGUCGCAGGAUACGGAAAUUGUUUUCGCCGUACUGCAAAACGGGAACACACUCUCGUACCGGAUCCAUCGGCCGAACGCAGCCAUUGCUGAUUAAUGAAAUCAACACACACGCACACACAAAACCAGAAAAAAUAAAACACCCGGCAUGUUCUACUGUGAUCAGUUGUCUCACAGCAAAUGGGAUGAAAAUGAUAACAACAUUCAAAACGCAGUCGUGCGCAAUAGACAAGCAGACAGUGAAAUGGUUUUGCGACGCGCGUGUAUCCCUGUCUGCGUGCAAAUGUUGCAACCAAAAACUGGCAACGGAACUAUUUACUGCAAAAGGAAAAACCUUUCGCCCGAACCACAUUGAAGGACUGUAGAGAAAUACAAAAUUUAAUCUUUGAAAGUGAUAACCUAUCGACAGCAUCAAGUUUUUGGUCGUCUGUCGAUUGCUGCCCGAUACGUUGCACAAUUUUAUUAUGGUCCAUAAAGCAAGCUUCUAGUGCAUUUCGGGAUACAUUUUCAAGCAUGAAGCAGCCGUAUGGGGAUAUUCACUUGAGAAAGAAUGCAGUCAACUGCAGUAAAGCAAUCCUUUGAUAGACACAUUGGCAGGGCAGCGAAUGGCAUGGAAACGAAAGAAACCAUUGAAACAAUUCAAUCUUUUCCACUCGACAGAUGGUUCCCAUUAGGAGAAUCCUGAGCCAUAACUAUGUCAACCAAUCUGAUGUUACUGGCAUCAAUAAAAAUUUUCCGUUUAGCUUAA